UUCGUCCUAAAUUGUUUCUGGUGUGAAGCGAGGUUAAAGGCUUCCGCCGGGACGCAGCGGCAGCGGUUCCCGCCCCCUCCUGCUGCUCACGGUACCGCGCGGUGCUGCUCUCCAUUGCCUCUAGGGGACGGCCGGGCGGGGCAACGACGUUUCCCGGUGUGCCCUGCGCGCUUUUCUCUUCCGAUGCUAAGAUGUCGAAGCGAGGACGCGGCGGUUCCUCCGGUGCCAAGUUCCGCAUCUCCCUUGGUCUCCCGGUGGGAGCUGUGAUCAACUGUGCGGACAACACAGGUGCCAAGAACCUGUACAUCAUCUCUGUGAAGGGUAUCAAGGGGCGCCUGAACAGGCUGCCAGCAGCUGGCGUGGGUGACAUGGUGAUGGCUACUGUCAAGAAGGGCAAGCCAGAGCUGAGGAAGAAGGUCCACCCAGCAGUGGUCAUUCGGCAGCGGAAAUCCUACCGGAGAAAAGAUGGGGUGUUCCUCUAUUUUGAAGACAAUGCAGGAGUGAUAGUAAAUAAUAAAGGUGAAAUGAAAGGCUCUGCAAUCACAGGCCCUGUGGCAAAGGAGUGUGCGGAUCUGUGGCCCAGAAUAGCUUCCAAUGCAGGGAGCAUCGCCUGAACGUGACCAACUUCACAGAGAUUAAAAUAAAAGCCCUUGUACCAAAUAA